UCGGCCACAAAUAUAAAUAUCAUACUUAUGUGAUAUAUGAUUCAACUUCAAACACCCCUUUCCAUUCCAUUCCUCUUUCUUCCACUUUUAAAACUCAUGGCUGAAUCGCUUCUUUUCAGCUCUGCAGAAUCGCUCCUAGGGAAGCUUGCUUCUGAUGCCUUUCAAGAAGCUUCUCUAGCGUUUGGUGUGCACCGCGAUCUUCAACAGAUGAAAGAAACUAUGGAACUCAUAAGAGGUGUGCUCUUGGAUGCCGAGAAAAAGAAUCCGCAGAGCAGUGCCCUGAGCGAAUGGCUGAUUCAGAUCAAGCACGUGUUUUCUGAUGCUGAAGACAUAGUCGAUGAUUUUGAGUGCGAAGCCUUGCGGAAACACGUUGUCAACACCUAUGGAAGCUGCUCAAGAAAGGUACGCCGUUUCUUCUCAUCAAGUAAUCCUGUUGUUUAUCGUCUUAGAAUGGCGCAUCACAUUCAAGACAUCAACACCAGGUUGGCCAAACUUGCAUAUCAAAGAAACAUGUUUGGCCUUCAAGUCAUUGACCAAGACACACGUGUCGUGCACGUGAGGGAAAUGACUCAUUCUCAUGUAACCCCUUCCAAUGUUAUAGGGAGGGAACAUGAUAAACAAGAAAUAAUAAAACUUCUCUUGAAAGAUGAUCAUGGCCAAAGUCUCUCAGUUAUUUCCAUUGUUGGAAUGGGAGGCUUGGGAAAGACCACACUUGCUAAGUUGGUCUUCAAUGAUCCCAUAAUUCAUGCAUGUUUUCCCUUGAGGAUGUGGAUCUGUGUCUCCAAUGACUUUGAACUUAGGAAUGUGCUCAUUAAAAUCCUCAAUUCUGCUCCAAACCCAAAUAGGGAAAACUUCAAUAACUUUGAGACAGAGCAACUUCAAAUUCAUUUGAGAAAUACACUUGAAGGGCAGAAGUCCUUGCUUGUGUUGGAUGACGUGUGGAACGAGGAUCGUGCAAGAUGGGAUGAGUUGAGAGAAAUAAUAGAUGUGGGUGUUGAAGGGAGUAAGAUCCUAGUGACUACUCGUAGCCAUAAAGUAGCUGCCAUUAUGCACACUAAAUCCUCAAAUUCGUACCUUCUAGGAUGUCUCUCUGAAAAGGAUUCUCUUUCUCUAUUUGUGAAAUAUGCUUUUGAAGAUGGAGAUGAGAUGAAACAUCCACAACUAUUGAAAAUUGGGGAAGAAAUAGUAAAAAAAUGUGGAGGGUUACCAUUGGCGGUGAAAACGGUGGGAAGUUCACUAUUCUCAAGGGUUGACGAGAAAGAAUGGGAGAGUGUAAGAGACAAUGAGAUUUGGAAUUUAAAAGAAAAUGAAAAAGACAUUUUGCCUGCUCUCAAACUAAGUUACGAUAAACUCCCUUCAUAUUUAAAACCCUGUUUUGCUUCUUUCUCCCUUUGCCCAGAAGACACUGUUAUUUUUGGUACCGGAGUUCGUAUGUUAUGGGGAGCACUUGGUCUUCUUCCACCACCAAAGGCAGGUGAAUCAAUGAUUGAUGCCACUCAAUUGUUGCAUGAGCUAUGGUCAAGAUCUUUUCUUUCAGAAUAUGAAGACCAUGGAGGUGAGUGCAGGUUUAAAUUACAUGAUUUGGUGAUUGAACUAGCAGUAUAUAUUGCCAAAGGUAAGUUUGAAAUAAUAAAAAACCACAAUCCAAAAUCAUACAAGAAUGCCCAUCAUUUGACAUUUGCGGCAAAUAAUUUGCUUGAUCAAACUCUUCUUCCCAGAAGUCUCAGAAGCAUCACUUUUCCUAGGGGAGCUAAUAAUGAAGUUUUCUUGAAUACAUUGGUGUCAAGGUGCAAAUUCUUGAGGGUUUUAAACUUAGAUUUUUCUGAAUACGCAAGUCUGCCUCGCUGCAUCGGAAAGUUGAAACAUUUAAGAUCUCUCAGCCUUUUGGAAAAUGAAAACCUUACGGAACUCCCUGAUUCAAUUUGCAAACUUCAAAAUUUGCAAUCUUUGAUCCUUAAUGGGUGCAUAAAGCUACAAAAGUUACCCAAAGGACUAGCAAAUCUAGUAAGCCUUCGUUGCCUAUGUAUAACCACCAUAGAACCUGGUUGUCCAGAAAAGGAGAUUGCAAGUUUGCCUUCUUUAGAACUAUUAGGUUUUUAUCAAUGUGAUAAUUUUGAGUCAUUGUUCAAAGGAAUACUACUGCACACUCUUAAAAGAUUGACUUUAAUUGAUUGUAAAAGUCUAAAGACGGUGCCGUUCCAUGCCAUAAAAAAUUUAGAGGUCUUAAUGAUUUUCAAUUGCAACAAGUUGGAAUCGUCAAUGGGCCUUAGCAACGAAAUCCUUGAUUCAAGGUUGAAGCUUCUCAUUCUUUCUGACUUGGCAAGUCUAGUCACAUUGCCUCGGUGGCUUCAAGGAUCUGCCAACUCUUUACAAUCCUUAGUUAUUCAACAUUGCAUAAAUAUUUAUGAGCUUCCCGAUUGGCUACCAACUCUGAAUUGUCUCAAACAACUUGAAGUUCUCUAUUGUCCAAAAGUAUUAUCACUCCCUGAUAACAUACAUCACGUCACAAAUCUAAAAGUGAUAGAUGUCACUGGUUCUUCUGAAUUAUGGAAAAGAUACAGGCCAGAAGUUGGAGAGGAUUGGCACAAGAUAUCUCAUGUCAAUCUUGUUUGGCAAGAUUAUCAAUCAGAAAAUGAAAAAGAAUUAACAGUCAAAAGUUGAAGAUCAAAAUAGUAGAAGUAUUUCUAAGGAAGAACUCUAAAUUCACCUUAUCAGAAGGAAGAACAAAAGAGAAGGGAUAAGAAAAUCUAAACACUGUAGUUUAUACGGGUUCGACCAAUCUGCCAACAUCCAGUGUCCUUCCACUCAACCCGAGAUAGAAGCCAAUGUACUAUAUAGAUAUGAGUUUUUACACCAAGGGCUUUACAGCGACCUCACGUCAAAAUUCAAUCACCUCUCUAACUCACUAAUCUAAGUAUAGGCAAUACACAAAACACACAAGCAGCAAGAACAAUCCUCUUAUGCUCUCAACCCCUUUGAGAUCCCCCUCAAAGUCAAGAACCACGUUCUUCUUCCUGUAUACACCACAGGAAUACCAGCAACUCUCAGCGUUCGCCAAAGCUUUUCCUGAUCACAUAGAAAGCACCUUCUUGUGCAGAAUGAUCAGACGUUUCCAAUCACACAAUCUUGCUUUACAAGAAAUCCUCAAGGCUUUAUCACCACGGCCUAAUCAGUUUGGCCCAAUUCGUCCAACGAGCAAGACUAAGUCUCCUAGUAAGCAAGCUCAAGCCGCCCAACAAGCUAUGCUAAUUCGCCCAACAAGAAUGUCGGACCUGAGAAAGGAUCUUGAAGACGGUUUGGGCUUCUAGGAAGCUUUCCCUUCUCCUCAUUGGGUCUUCAUCUUCAUCCAUGGAAGUUUUUCCCCCUUAAGGUUUAGGAGGAAUAUAGGUCAUGAAAUUGGAGGUGGAGAUGCAAAUGGAAGGUGUCAUUGGAGCAUGGAGCAACUACCAAGAACCUUGGGAGAGGACUUGAUUCUGAUUUAUGGUUUCAAUUUCUUCUAUAUUCUUCAAUUUUAUAAACCCUAGGUUCUCCAUUAUGGAGAGCUAAACCUUUUUGUUGAUAUUAGAUGUAAUAAAUUAAUUUCUUGU